GCAAUCGACCGCAUCGAGAUAGUCAUAAGUCGGAAUCGAUGUCUUCUGUACCGAAUCGCCACUUGUGCUGUCUCGCAUAAGAAUCUUGCGCAUCACUUGCCGUCAACUGCGAACUGGCACAUGUCGCAGCCCCUAUUUCAUCCUCUCCAACCAUACUCACAACAGCAUCAUGAUGCUAUUUCUACGAUUUAAGCCUCGGGUUAUCCUACCUAGCUUGAGGAAGCCUCAAUCGGCACGAGUUUCUCUUUCUAGGUUUCCAAUUCUGAGUUGUCGAUCAAAUAGCACAGUCACCCGUGCUCCAAAGCCCGGACUCAAAAAAGCUCGUUUUCCUGAGCAAUUGAUUAUCUACCAUGCUGGUACUGGUAGAACAGUAUUUCUAGGAUGUUUGAAAGUCACUACCAUUUUCAUCUGCGCGUUCUUCUGUGCCGUGAUGGCUCCCACGCAUUUCUAUGCUGACAACUCAAAUUGGGCAGCUGCCAGUGUUAUGCUGUCUGGCCUUGUUCCAGUCACAAUUGUUUCUUACAUUUCGGCGCCGUUCGUAACGUACAUCCAUCUUCGGCUUCCGAUAUUUGCUCGCCAAUCACAUGAGAUGCUGCUACGUUACUCCAAGACCUUACCUAAGACCGCUGAGCUUGACAUCACGACCAUGAACUUUAUCGGCAAACCAAGAGUGACGCGAGUCAAACUUGGGGAUCUUCAUGCUACCAAAGAGCGUAUGGGGUUCGCCAACUACUGUCGUGAUACAACAGUACUGAAUGCUAAGAGACCGUGGUGGAUGGGGAAAGCCGUGAGACAAUUUGGAGUUCACAACGAGAAGAGUGGUAUCAUGGAUGGACAAGUGUGGGAAAAUGUUGCAAAAAGCAUCGCUAAGAACCAGAAAUCGAAUUAG